AUGGUCCUUGACUAUAGAUUUGACGAUCUCAACAUAACUUCCAGGCUUGCCAGAGCUGUGUUACAGCAGAGAGAGCAAAUAGCUCAUGAUAUUUCUCCUCUGAUGAGUAAGCUCCAAAAUCGCAGGUUUAAAUUUGAUCUGGGAUUGAAAGAAAAGGAGCUAUGUCCUCCCAUGCCAGCAUCCAUGCUUUUCUUUGUCAGAGAACUUCCAGGUGCUCGGCUGCCUCUUCCCGGACCGAGCGAAGCGCCCACGUGGCCGCCACCUGCGUCCUCCUUCCCACGGCCCUCGGGAGACCGCGCUUGGUGGCAGCGGACCGCCAGCAGCUCCGAAGGUGACAGUGUGGGAGAUUCCGUCCGUGGGAAACCUUCCGUGGUGUACAGAUUUUUCACAAGUCUCGGACAGGUCUAUCGGGCCUGGCUGGACAAGUCUACUCCAUACACGGUUGUGCGAUGGGUGGUGACGCUGGGCCUGAGCUUCAUCUACAUGAUCCGAGUUUACCUGCUGCCAGGUUGGUACAUCGUGACCUAUGCCUUGGGAAUCCACCAUCUAAAUCUCCUUAUAGCUUUCCUUUCUCCAAAAGUGGAUCCUUCCUUAAUGGAAGAUUCAGACGAUGGCCCCUCGUUACCAACCAAACAGAAUGAGGAGUUCCAGUCCUCUUUUCGAAGGCUCCCAGAGUUUAAAUCCUGGCACACGGUGACCAAGGACAUCCUGGUGGCCAUGGUCUGCACCUUCUUUGAGGCAUUCAAUGUCCCAGUGUUCUGGCCCAUCCUGGUGAUGUACUUCGUCAUGCUCUUCUGUAUCACGAUGAAGAGGCAGAUAGAGCACAUGAUCGAGUACCGGUACAUCCUGUUCACGCACGGCAAGAAGACAUACAAGGGAAAGGAGGACACGGGCAAGACGUUCGCCAGCUAGACGUGGCCACCCUCCGCGGGCCCUGGACGGCCACAAGUUGCUGUGAUGGCGCCUUCUUUCCUCACAUAAAGUAGUUGAUUACAAGGGAGUUAUUUUCUUUUUAAAAAGGAGCUUCAAUUAUUUGUAACUGAGAUAUCAGGCUCUUGAAGAAACUUACAUUUAAACAGAAUCGUGUUGAUUUGUUUUCCAGUGCCGGUCAGGCGACCAGACGCUGGCCUUGCAGGGCGCA